CCUCCACACGCCGCAGGCAUUCGCGAUUGCUAGCCCAAACCAACCUCAGCGCCUACCCAUCUGUUUUGCACGUUCACAAAUACACCAGCACCAUGUCAAGAUCACAGGCCCUCUCUUCCUUCAUAGAGAGUGCCCCACCAGGCGAGCUCGGCGACGUAACAAAAGCUAUCAAGAAUAUCCUGGGCGAAGACUCGGUACAGAGCGAGCUGGAACCUGCGUUUCAGAAGCACAACGAAGAGCAGUUCGCCUUGGUUAAGCUCCCGGGAAGCAACGAAAAUGUCAUUGUCAGUCCGUACAACUCGCUGGGCGACGGCCGGUACUACGACACCGAGAACCAGAGCUCGUUCGCAUACGACCAUGCGAGCUUGGGUGGCACCGCGAGCGACGUGCGGAGUUAUGCUGUCGAGAGCAACCACGAAGAACUCGUGAAGGGCCUCCUCAAGACCCUCCGCAGCCACGGCACAGAGCACUACCCCAAAUACCACAUCGGCGUAUACCCCACCUCCGACGACUCCCAGAUCGCCCUCCUCACCGUCGCCUCCAAGUACUCGCCCGCCAACUACUGGAACGGCCGCUGGCGCUCGUCUUACCUAUACACGCCUUCCUCCGCCACCAUCACCGGCACCAUCGCCGUCGACGUGCACUACUACGAGGACGGCAACGUGCGGCUGCUCACCAACAAAACCGUGAACGCGAAGGUCAGCGGGAGCGGAGCCGCGGAUGUGGUCAAGGCGAUUGCGCUGGCGGAGAAGGCGUACCAGGAGGAUCUGAAUAAAGCGUUUGGUGGGCUGGCGGAGGGCGCGUUUAAGAGUCUCAGGAGGCAGUUGCCAAUUACGAGGCAGAAGAUUGAGUGGGAGAAGAUUAGUGGGUAUCGGUUGGGGCAGGAUAUCGGUGGGGGUAGGCGGUAGUGGCUUGGGGCGGAGAAGGUGCAAGGAAAUGUGGUACGAUGGAUCCUGAGUAGAGCUUGACAUGGUCUCACGCUUGGGAGAUGAACAUUUCCAUGUAUAGAGCUUUUAAGCUUGCUGACUGGGUAUAUUCAUUUCUUUCCAUUGUGGCUUCUACCCUUGGUCUGAUCCAAACGAGCUGCGAUACUGUCGGGUGGAAGGCCCUGGGCAGCGAGCCACGGAUGAUGCCUCCUAUAAUGCUUCAAACGUGCAUCCUGUCGUUUGAAUACGUGAGAACAAGAGUCCUCCACACAUGAAUAGAAUUGUUCCCU